GUGUGUUCUGAUAGGGCACACCUGUAUGCGUCAGCCAAUGGCCUCUCAAACAUGGCGAGGUAAACAAAGAGUAUUUUCACCAAGAAUGAAAUUCAAGAUGGAAGAGUUUCCCUGAAGCUGAAUACAACCACACACAGUGAAAGAUCAGACUGAAAGGAUUUUAAAUCAUUGGAGAAAUGGAAGCUGGUACUGAAUUUGAAAAUCAAGAUCCAAAAGACACGCAUACAUGUACGUCUUUAAGUUUACCUGUGUCCAAUUCAAGCCCUAACUGCCAGGAAGAGACCAGUCAGGGAAACGGGGACAAUUGCACCAACAUACCUGUCCCCAGUUUAAAUUAUACAGGUUCUCACAGUAUGAAAACCUCGGGUCACCAUCCCAGAACACUGACUGAAGAAGAGGCGGCCAAACUGUCGCAAGACACACGUGUUGUGAAUGACUUCAAACAGAUGACUUUAGAAAAAGAGGCACAGAAAAACUGGGACAAGUUUUAUAAAAGGAACAGCACCAAGUUCUUUAAAGACAGACACUGGACUUCCAGGGAGUUUCGAGAACUUAGUGGAUUUGAUAGCAGUCAGGAAGAAAAGAAAAUUGUUUUGGAAGUGGGGUGUGGAGUGGGGAAUUUUCUUUUCCCUCUUCUUGGAGAGAAUCCAAACCUCUUCUUCUACGCUUGUGAUUUUUCUCCAAGAGCUGUGCAGUUUGUGAAGGACCACCCCCUGUAUAACAGCUCCCAGUGUAUGGCCUUCCAGUGUGACCUGACCCAGGACCCCCUGCUGGACACUCUUGUCAACCCCACUGUGGACAUCGUCAGCAUGAUAUUUGUGCUCAGUGCCAUCCACCCAGAGAAAAUGCUCUCUGCUUUAGAAAAUAUUUAUAAGGUCCUCAAGCCAGGUGGGUGUGUUCUGGUUCGAGACUAUGGUCUCUAUGACUACGCUCAACUGAGGUUUUCUCCGGGUCAGAAACUGGCAGAAAAUUUUUACGUGCGACAAGAUGGCACGCGAGCAUAUUAUUUCUCAACAGACUACCUGUCAGAUUUGUUCGCCAGAGCAGGCUACCAGAUUGACAACUGUGACUAUGUUACCAGGGAAACGGUCAAUAAGAAGGAAGGGCUCUGUGUUCCCAGGAUAUUUGUACAGGGAAAGUUCAUUAAAAUGAGAUCCUGACAUGUGUGGACUUAAUAUGUUGACAGUCGCCUUUAAAAAUAUGAAACAAAUGAAAAAUAAAUAAUGUCUGAGUUUGUGUUUCAGAACAGUUGAUAAAGAAAUGGCGCAAUUUGAUUUUAGUAGAUAAACAUUGUUAUUAUUCAAAAAGUAUGGAGAAUGAAAAAGAAAGAAUUUAUAGACAGCUGAAAGUAAAACUCAUACUGGCCAUGUCUUUAGCCCAUUGAAUUGUCGGUGGUUUAAUUGCUGCAUAAACGGACGUUACACCAGACGUGAGAAACGAAGGAUUGCACUCAAAAUUUAAAGACGGAAGAGGUGUCUGAAUGAUUUAAUUAUAAGAUUCUGUAAGAAGCUAUUUAUCUAAUAAAAAUAUGAAUUUCAUUAUUGAUUUUUUAUUAA